AUGCGUGCCAUUACUGUAUUUGCUAUUGCUGCUGCCGUUGCUGCACCCGUCUUCGUCAGGCAAGUCGCCGCUCCCUCUCCAUACCGUGUCGCUAUGGUUGCGCGGGAGUUGGCUACUCGCGCUGAAGAUGAGCGUGGGCAAGGUCUGGAAGAGGAGGGUCGCUUUUCGGACCACUAUGAGCAUAUCCACCACCCCGGAGAAUUCCACGAUGAGAACCAUCGUCACCACCAUCUGGACCGUCGCUUCCGUCAUCCAAGGCCCUGGACCAUGAAGGACCAAGCUCGAAUGUUUUCGGUGACGCAUCCCAUGCACAGGCGCUCAAGCCGCGAGGAUGGGGAGUUCCGCGAGGAUGAGGAAGAAGACCACCGCCGCGGCGAGGGCAGACACCGCCACCACCAUGAGGAGGAAGGCCGCCGUUACCACGAGGGCAAGUACCGCCACCACUACAAUGAAGAGGAAGGCCACCGUGACUACGAGGGCAAGUACCACCACCACAAUGAGGAGGAAAGUCGUCGCCAUCACGAGGGCGAGCGCUUUCACCACCAGGAGCACGAGGAGAUGGAGAGGCACCAGCGCGCUUUCUUCGCCCGUUCCCUACUUGACAUGGUCGACUAG